CGAGACUGGUGCAGGACGAACGAGAAACGAGCCGAUACAUUAACGUAAAAUCAUCGCAUUUAGUGGAAUAUUCGUCGAAAAUGAGGCGUACGAUAGUUGCAAUUGCCGUUUUGGGUGUCUUCUGCGGCGUUACUUCUUUACCAGCCAUUCCCACGCAAAUAGACGAUGGAGUGGAAUUCGUCGGUCCCAAAGAACCUUUCGGAGAUCGCCCCAUCAUCGAUACUAACGCAGGAUUCGACGACAUUGGCUAUUCCAAUCCGUUCGGAGGACUCUUCGAGAACAUCGAGAGUAAGUUUGGAAUAAUAAAGUUAAUUAGCUAAAUGAUUAUGAAUUAAUAACGUGGGCCGCGCUGUUAUGGAAAUUUAAGGAAUACCUCUAUUAAUCUUUAGACCUGUUAAUUGCCCGGCGAAUUGUAAAUUGCAGCUAAUCCUACUGGAAUUCCUAUUAUGUCACGUUCAAGGAUGAGAGUUAUUAAAAAUUUUAAUAUGUUUACUGAUGUUUGGGUCUGUAUGUGGGUGCCCCGUUUAAAACCGAACGAAUGCCCAGGAAGUGUGCAGUUUGAAUUACAAUGAUUACCUACUAGGUAACGAUUGUGCGAGUGCGAUUGUAUAGUAGAUUUUGUACGAGGCGUGUUCGAUAAUUCGUAGAAAAAUGGAUGAUAGGUUUGCUUUGAUGGAGUUUAGAGCGCGAAACGAAAUGCGAUGUUUGAUGGCAAGGGUGCGUCAACAAAUGAACGAUAUGCUGAGCCGAUUCCCGAUGAUCGGUAGCGGAAACGCUUCGGAUGAAUUUCCCGAUCUUCCAGGGAACUUCCCUCCGUUAAAUAUCGAUUUGGGCAAAGGAAACACGACGUCCGUAACGAAGAUAAUAGACGGGCACAAGGUGGUGAUCAAUCAAACGGAAUACCACAACGACGACGAGCACGGUAGCGCCUUCUUCAAGGUGAGCAUCAUCGACGUGCAGCCGGAGGAGACGGCGACGGAGAAGGACGCCGAGGAAGUGACGCCGAAGGAGACGACCAAAGACAGGGAAUCGUUGGAGAACACCGCCGACAACGAGAUCGUCAAAGGCAAAGAGGCCGCACCCUACCUACAAUCCAUUGAAAGUUUCGAUACCGUGGAUUACCCGAGAUGGAUGGACGUCGGCCAGUUCGCGCCCAUCGACGACAAUUCCCUGAAUUUCGAGCCCGUGCGGGACUUGUCCCGGGACACGUACGUUAACGAGCUGCUGGCCCAAAGCGGAGCCACGCCGAAUCCGGACGCGGAGCUCGUGGAAAUCGUACCGCAAGGGGCCCGCAGCGCGCCCAUGCGGAAGUACCAAUACACGAGCGUUAGAAGAUAGUUUUAAAGGCAUUGAAAAGUUGACGGUUUCGCUGGAAAUUAGGGUUUAACAAACGACUCGACAAAACAUUUUUAUUCAUCUCAUUGUACUUUUAUUUAUUUAUUUAUUGUUUAGCCUACUAAUAAAAAUCGAAAGACUGACCAGAAGCUGCGAGCGCUAAUGUUUUAUACUUAUUUUUUUUUUAAUUCACGUUUACACCGUCCAUUUUAUACACUUUUUUUUAGAAAAUAAAAAUGUGUUGUGCGAUCUUAAAUCUGCCUCAUUUUUGACGAAUAUUAACUAAUAAAUUUUUUUAACGAAAAUUGUGUUUAAAUUUUUCCAAAUUCAAUACCCCCAAUAUAAUUACUAAUAGGAAUAAUAUUGCCUCAAUUUUAAAUAUUCAUUUUGUAAUGUAAUUUGAAAUUGUAAAAGUAAGCAACUUCUUCUGCGCAUAUAAAGAAUCAAGGCGUUUUGACAGCGCUGUUGCCAAAUAUUCAUUCUUAUAAUUUAUAUUUAGUAGAUGCGACAAAGACAACAUACAUUAAUCUCGUGUAAAG